GCCACCACCACAGUCAGUAGUACCGCUUCGCCAGAAGCGAAGUUGGUCGAAUUUCCUAUAUAUUAAAUAAAUAAGUGUAGAUGUUAAUUCGUGCUAGUGUUGCCAUUAUUAAAAGACUAUAUUGGCAUUAAAAAAAAUUGAAUAUUCGUCGGUAAGGAUUGAAUUUGAAGUUGUUAAAACUCUCAUGAUACCAACAUAACCGACGCUUUGCUCUUUCUUGAUACUGCGACAGUACAUAUCGAGCAUUGGGUGUGACGGAUUUAUCUCGUGCUGUGUGAAAUUGCGUAGUGCUUCUAGUGUCUUGAACAACAGCAGUAUUUGUUCAAGUUAUUUGCAUUUCCUGUAAACGAAGUGGUCUAUUAAAAUUUUUAUUGGAUUUGUGCCUAGUGCCUCCUUGUUUUUUAAUAAAUAAGAAAAAAAGGAUCGUGUAGUUUUUUGCUCCGCCAUUGUACGCUGCCGCAAAAUCGCGAAGGGAGCCGCUCGCUGCUGCCUCGUUCUUCCAAUAUUCUGCUCCGAAAAAAAAUUGUCGAGUGUCCCCCCCUCCCGAAAAAGCGAACAACAACGUUUAAGGACUGGAGAAAAUAAUCAGUGGAUCCCUUGGGAGAGAGUAAUGCAGUCCACCUUUGCAAUGUGAUGCUCUCGCCCCCAAAAAAUUGCUUCUGGAUGAAAUAUUUCGUGAUUAUAAAUGGAAGAUAGGGAAAAAAAUUGAGAAAUAAGCGAGGACCAAGUUUUUUUUUCCGGCAAAAAAAAGAGGAAUCGAGGGAAAAAAAGGCGAGAAAAUUGAGAUGGAAAGUGUAAAAAUCAGCCAGUAAUGGAUGAAUGGGAUUGAGUAGAAUUGAGAGCAGUUUUUGGUGUGGGUGCAGAGGGCACAGGUGGGAGCCUCUGGAUGUCGAGGCGGCAGAAGAAUUGUCAACGUCAGUGGCAGUGAUGGCCCCUGCUCUGACGGAAGGCGGUCCUCAAAAGCCUGAAAAUUUACUCCCCACCUUACCAGUUGGAUUCCUAUCACCAAAGCAGGCCUCGGAUAUUUGUAAUAAUCGUGAGGUAUUAGCAAAAUUUGUCGUCUCAGCAAACGUGAAACCAUCAAAAAUUGAUGACCAGUUCCUUCUUGGUAUAUCAAAGGAUCUGAUUCGUGAUGUCAUCAAUUCAAAGUACGCUCACAAUCUUGAUCAAUUGUCUGGAUUUGGUAACAACGAAUCAAACUUGAUUAUUGAGGACAAUAAUUUUGAAUUGGAAGACGAGAGACCGAUCGUCCCGGACAUUGUACCGUUGACGACAGAUAUUAUAAUGAACGACCCAUCUAUGGGUGAUCAAACGGAUAAUAUGUGUUUCCUGAAAUCUAAUGUGGACGUGCCUUUAACGGACUCUGCUGUUGAUUGUGAUAAUAAAACAUUGGACGAUGUUGAUGAUAUAAUGGGUUUCACUGAUAAAAUACAAGUUGAUUCUAAUGUUGGUGGUGUUAAUGACAUUGGACAGAAUGUUGAGGAGAUAUUGCAGGUUAUUAAAUCGAUGGAGGGUGCUGCUAAUGUUGUUAAUAGUGAAAUAUCAUCGUCAUCACAACAAAAUGUAAACGAUGGUGUUGUUGAAAUGUUUCCCGGUUCAGAGAUAUUUCCAUCGUUUGAACAAAAUUUACUCGAUGAGGAUUUUGUUGGUUUAUGCGCUGAUUAUGCGAAUCCACAGGAGGACAUUGAACAAGUGAAAGUUGAAAAUUUAAAGCCACAUGAGGAUUUAGUUGUACAAAAUCAAUAUGAAAAUGAGAGGCGAUGUGCAUUUUUAAUGAGACGACUGCGUAAAUUGCAAGCGCGACUUGUUGGUAGGCAUGUGGCUGAGGAGAAUACGAGUGUACUUCAACUCGCUCAUAAUGGUGUUAAGCAAUAUUUCUUUCAAGAAUUAUCGGGUAUUAGUUCAAAAACAGCGGCUAAAAGUAGUCCUGAAGUGAAUAGUAGUUUGAGUAAUUUUUUGGAGAAUAUUGAAAAGACAUGUGUGGCUCAAAGUAGCAGUGUUAGUAGACAACGUGUUAUGUGCCGGUAUUUUGGUGCCGGUUCAAGGGAUAAUUCAAGUACUGGAAGUGGCAGUACAAGUCGACAUCCUGCCUUUGCUGCGUCACAGAUUAAUAUCAAAGGCGAGGAAGUUGAAAAUGUUGCUGGGCCUUUGGCCUCACAUUUACAUUUAGUGGAAUCCAAAUUGGAUUCAGAUUGUACUGCAUCAAGCAGCGGGGGUGAAAGUUGUGAUGAGAUGCAGACGUUUAAUAAUCUACACCAACAACAAUUGCCCAUAUCGAAACGUGCAGCAUGGCGUUUUGCUCAAGAUCGUGCAAGUAUUGCAUCACGAUGGACCUGGUUACAAGCGCAAAUAUCGGAUUUGGAAUAUAGAAUUCGUCAGCACAAUGAUCUGCAACGUCAUAUUAGAGCGACAAAGGGCUUGGUGAUACUUGACAAUGCCGAAACUGUUAAUGGUUACAGUGGUGUAUUACCAGGAUCCACAGGCCGAUACAAUAAUAAUCCUGCGGAUGGUGGUAAUAAUGGUACUGGUGGUGAAUCAUCAGCAAGUCGUACCAGGCCGUUUGUUUGGACAAUUUACAAAAAACGAAAAUUACUUCAAGUCGACAGGCUACAUGAAGUCUCAAAGCGUGCAGCUAAGGCAUCGACAAUACGUUGUGGUUGUGAUCAUGUAUUGCCAUCGUGUGCACUUUGUACCGGGAGACUUGAUCCAACACAACCCCAAGAGCCACUUGAACAACUUUCUGUCCAAGAGCGAGUGGCCCUCGUCGAUCCUGGUUUCCAUCCGGUCCUAUCCUUCCCGGAUGAUACCCUGCAAGGCACACACUUGGAGGCCAUUAUGAAGUCGGUAGAUUGGCAGCAGAAAAUGUUACGGGGUAAUGUUCGAAUGUCGAAAAUCAAGGAUAAGGACGCGAGCGAGAAGAGAAGUAAAAAAAUUGCCGAGCACAGAACAAAAUACACAUCACGAUUGAAGAAAUCUACUUCUAGUAUUGUCACAUCAAGAAUUAAGAGAAAAGUAUUGAAAGGAAAGAGAAGUAGACUUAAUCGUGAAAGAAAUGUUCAUGGUCUUAAAAAGCGAGUUCCGAAGUUGUCGCAUGUGGAAGAUGACGAGGAAAUGAGCGCACUAUCGAGCUCAAGUAAACAUUCAUCGCCAGUGCCUUCUCCAUUGCAACACACUGCAGCAUCCUCGGAGAAAAAUUCUGCAAUUAAAGAGAAAACAUCCACCUCGCAUGGACGGUUGAGACAAAAUUCCUACGACAUCGACAAUAUUGUCAUACCGUACAGUGUCGCCGCCUCGACAAGACUGGAAAAAUUACAGUACAAGGAAAUUUUAACACCAAAAUGGAGGCUGUGCGACGAACCUGUAAAAAUCGAUGUCAAAAAUGGUGUCAUGCAUAGGCCUAGUCAAGAUAGCGAUUGUGAAGAUGUGUCGGAUGAAGCGGUUGUAUUGAGGCACGGGCGAAGCGAAAAGGAAGAAUACAAACGAUUUAUGACAUUUGCAAAUCCCCCCUAUCAGUCGAGAAUUCGACAUAAUCGACGGACAGAUAGUAGAGCGGACAGUGGCGCAAAUACACCAGAUCCAAUGUCACCGCACGCGAGUGACUUUGGUGGCGAUACCACGUCGCCAAUUACGUCUCCACCCGCGACACCGUCGAAUAGUCACGACGCUGAACAUGUGGACGCAAAUCGUCCUCCUCCUUUGCAGCAUGUUCUCCGACGUCGAACACUUUCGUCCCUGAGAUUUACAAGAGAAGACCGAGAAAAGGACAAAGAAAAAGAAACCAUAACGUCUAUUGUUGACGAAGAAAGAGAAAAAGAGGUUCCACCGUAUGAACCGAGAAUGUUUCCAUUACCCGAAGAUGUGUAUGAUAAAAUGUUGGAAGUGAUGCCGGAAGGACACUGGCAGGCUUCCUCGGCGUCUGUAUGCUCCCGAGAGGAAGAUAAAAUCGAUAACGAGGAAAUGGAUUUAGAUUCUCCCGAAUCGGAUUCAACAGAAUCGGCAUAUUGCGAGGUGGAGGGCGAAGAUCCAAACGAUCCGGAAUGGACGGUCGCUGACGAUCGUAAUACUGAAAAGGAAAGAAUACGUCCGACUGCUAAAAGAUAGGAAAAAAUCAUUAUCAAUUGCAGAUUAUUCGUCAUUAAUAAAAAUGCGAAUGUCACCUGUCAAUUGUUGAUUAUUACAUGGUUAAAUGACAUGCAUCUAUUUGUCAAAAUGGUUGCGAAUCUGUAAAGUGUAUUAUAUUAUAUAUUAUAAAUUUUAUAUCUUCAUUCUGCUUCUUAUAUUAAUGGGAAACCUCGUUUGCGUGUGUGACUACUCUGGCCAAAGCAAUUUUCAAGCUAGAUUUAAAAAAAAACAAAAGCGGUACACUUUUACUUACCAAUUUACAGAAAAGAAAACACUUCGCAUCUCUUAUUCGUUUAAAGAAAAGAGAGAGAGAGAGAAAGAAAAACAAAUCAGCGCUAGAAUCUCACCCACUUUUUUUCUUCUUUUUUUUUUGUACAAAAUAACUUGUAUUUAUAUUUUAGAGAAAAUUCACACUACUUAAAAAUAAAAGUGCCAAUUAAAUAUUUUGUUACUUUUUUUUUUCUUUUUUUUUUUUUUUUUAAAUUCGUGUAUUCUUUAACUGUAUAUUUUGCCUUUGGCGUGGUAAGUGAUUUUUCUUUUUUUUAAGAAUCGAAUUUCUUUUUUUAGAAAAAAAGGAAUGAAUUUUAGAUUCUUUUCUUUUUUCUCCUGCGUUUCAUUGCGCUUUCACAUGUAUGUACGUAAAAAUAAUAUAAGUGUAAACCGAAUGUAUCAUGUAAUAAGUUAUUCAUGAUCUGCAGAUCCUCUUGUUUUAUUCUUUUUUUUAAAAAGGUAUAGAUGUAUAAAAAAAAUUUUUAUGUAUUACGUAAAAAAUACGUGAUGACAGUUUUCAAAAAACUGUCUUCGUCAAAAAAAAGAAACUUCUCGUUAAAUAAUUUCUUAAAAAAAAUUGUAUUUUUAUUAAAAAAAAAAAAUUUUCCAAUUGUAAAACAAAAAAAAACUCUCGACAGUAUUAACAGAAAAGUGAAUGAAAAAAAAUGUAGUUACGAAUAAAUUGGAAAUAUUCAAGCCAAACAGAAAUACAAAAGAAAAAAAAGGUGUAAUUAAUUUUUUCUUUUUUUUGAGAAAAUGAGCGAGAAAAUGAAAAAAAAUAUGUAAAUUGCAAAAUUUUUUGAACAAUUUGUGCGAGUUUGUUAUAUAUAGAGAAAGAAAUGAUUUUGCACCAAUUAAAAAUAGCUUUACGAUGUUAACGUUUUGCAACACUAUUUACGAACAAGAGGACGAAAUUAUUCAAAUUAAAUGUGAGAGAGUCGAGUCUAGACAUUAUUAUCGUGCUGUUGACACGAAUUAAGUUCAUCGGUUUCAUCAGAUUACAUCCAAUAGUACACUGUAAGGCGAAGCACAUAAAUUGAGAUUUUACCAAAGUUGUAAAAAGAAAAAAACAAAAAAAAUCGCUUGGGUACUUCAUUGUAAUGUUUGAAGCAUGUUACCUUCAACGUUCUGUGAUACUAUAUUUAACAAAAAAAAGAAAAAGUCCUGAAUAAAACAGAAAACGAAUUCACUAAGUUUAA